AGAGCAAGCCUCCGGAGUAACGAGCAGCGAGGAUCACGCCGGAGAUUUGUCGGUUGCGACCGGGCAUAGAAGAAAGCAAGAGAUACGGGGUGCAAGGAGCGGACAGGGACAGCGGGGAAGGAAGUGUGCGACUGGUUGGCGGAAAUUGCUGCCGCAGCAAGGAGCAGCAGCAGAUUUUGCCGUGGCUCUGGCGAGAUAAACGCAAGCCUGCUUGGUUGGCGCCAUUGGAGUGGACGGCCUGGCGUUGUCUUGACUUGGUGAUCGGUGAAGGAAAUUGACAGUAAAUUCUUCCUCUAGUUGCGGCGGGACUUGUGGGCGGCGAAAUCAACGACCGAGCUCUUGGGAGGCGGCGAAAUGUCUACCGUCAGCGAUCUUGACGAACAGAUCGAGCGUCUGAAGCGAUGCGAGUACCUGAAGGAGAGCGAGGUGAAACAGCUCUGUCAAAAGGCCAGAGAAAUCUUGGUCGACGAGAGCAACGUGCAGAGGGUCGAUGCACCUGUCACAAUAUGCGGGGAUAUCCAUGGUCAGUUUUACGAUCUGGUGGAGCUGUUCAAGGUGGGGGGCGAGUGUCCAGACAAGAACUACCUGUUCCUGGGGGACUUCGUGGACAGGGGCUACUACAGCGUGGAGACCUUUCUCUUGCUGCUCGCGCUCAAGGUGCGAUACCCGGAUCGGAUCACGCUGAUUCGAGGCAAUCACGAAUCGAGGCAGAUCACCCAAGUCUACGGCUUCUACGAUGAGUGUCUCCGGAAGUACGGGUCGGUGAACGUGUGGAGGUAUUGCACCGACAUCUUCGACUACCUUAGCCUGUCGGCCAUCAUCGAUGACAAGAUUUUUUGCGUUCAUGGGGGCCUCAGCCCUAGCAUCAACACAUUGGAUCAGAUCCGAGUGUUGGACCGGAAGCAGGAGGUACCGCACGACGGGGCAAUGUGCGACUUGCUGUGGUCGGACCCGGAGGAAAUCGACGGGUGGGGGCUUAGCCCGAGAGGGGCCGGCUACCUCUUCGGCGGGGACGUUGUGGAUAAAUUCAACGAGACCAACGACUUGCAGCUCAUCGCGAGGGCGCAUCAGCUCGUGAUGGAAGGUCACCGGUCGAUGUUCAACUCCCUUGUUACUGUGUGGUCUGCACCGAACUACUGCUACCGCUGCGGGAACGUUGCUGCUAUCCUCGAGCUCGACGAGAACCUGAACCAGAGCUUCAAAAUCUUCGAGGCGGCACCGACGGAUGUACGGGGGGUACCACAGAAGAGCCCUGCACCCGCGGAAUACUUCCUGUAG